AUGAUUUUCUUAAACAAGAAAAAGGGGAAAAAACAUUCACCAAACAAAAAAAACAAGUUCUAUGCGGAAGAACUCCACUCAAUGGUUACAACCCGGGGCUCCACAGUUCUUGCCCGCUAUGCUAUGUGUGCAGGAAACUUUACAGAAGUCACAGAACAGAUCCUAACACGUAUUCCUCCUGAAGAUGGUAAACUAACUUAUUCUCAUGGGAAUUACUUAUUCCAUUAUGUAUCUGAGGAUCACAUCAUUUAUCUAUGUAUCACAGAUGAUGAAUUUGAAAGAGCUAAAGCUUUUAUGUUCCUGAAUGAUAUUAAAAAAAAAUUUCAAGUACAAUAUGGACAAAGAGCUCGUACGGCAUUGCCUUAUGCCAUGAAUAGUGAAUUCUCUCGAGCUCUGAGUCUUCAAAUGAGAUAUUAUUCAGAUGUGAAAAACAAUGACCAACUCCUUAAAGUUGAAGAACAUGUAGAUGAAUUGAUGGAAAUUCUUGUCAGAGAUAUUGACCAAAUAGCAGAUAGAGGUGAAAGAUUAGAACUUUUAGUUGAUAAAGCACAGGACCUUAGUGUAAAUGCUGUCUCAUUUAAGAAGUCUAGUGUAAAUCUUGCACGGUCACUCUGGUGGAAAAAUUUGAAAAUUUGUGUUAUCAUUGUGAUAGUGGUGGUGUUGAUCCUUUAUGGUGUUGUUUCUGCAGCCUGUGGUGGUGCAAGCUGGCCAUCCUGUACCAGUUAA